UGAUUAUGCUAAUUAGCUAGAGAGCGGGAAAUUUUACUUCCGGUUGGCGUCCACCUCGCUGUCUCCAGUGUUUGCUUAAGGCCUCUAAUAUCGCCACAUCAUUCCGUCAUCGGUUAUGAAUUUAUUUUGAACUUUGCUUUACUUUGGAACUUUGUGUUUGUGGAAUAGCUAUGAGUAUUUGUAGUGCGUCGGCAUUCUUUUGUGAAGACACACCACAAGAUCCGGACUUCGAGCGACACCACAAACAAUUGAGCCACCACCCAGGAGCGUGACAGGCGUUGAGCCUUCUCGUUUUGAGCAUGCGAAAAAAACAGGAUGUAGAAGAAAAAUGACUGAGGAGGGAAAGGCUCAUCAAUUAGGAAUUAAACUCGCCAAUCGAAAUUCCGCCUUUAGGAGAUUAAAGAAACAAAUUGAAAGAAUUAACGCGUUGCAUGACUCGCUGGAGACGACACCUGAACAAUUAGAAGAGAGAUUUCACUUAGACCAGUUGAAGAACGAGUUCAAUGACGCGCAUAAAGAUUUUGACGAUUUGCUAGAAUUUGAGGAGGAAAGGAACACUUCGUACCAAUGGUUCGAUAACCAGGAUCGGGAAUUCAUCGAGUGUACAAUUAGGGUCUGCGAACGCAUCCAGGCGUUAGAAAGUCCAAAUCGUCUGACAGGUCAAAAUUGAGUUCCUCCUCUAUGAAACACCUUUCUCUUGCUUUGAUUAAUGCGUCUGCAAAGUCUGCAAAGCUGACGCUGAAAUGGAAUUUCUUGAAAAGGAAAAAGAGUUCAAUCACAGCUCGAAAAGGAAUUAGCUAUCGCAAACGCAGAAGAGUGCGCAAUAAAAAGAAUUCUCGAGGAGGAGAAAAUAUCAGCCGGGGAUAGAGAGGAAAUUGGAAGUGUCAAGAAGGAGUUCAAAUCAGAUUUAAGCCACGAAAAUAUAAAAAGGGAGAGAAGCUUUUCUGUCAACCCGUAUGCUGCUCCAUUCGUUCCUAGAAGCCAUCCUACGCCUCAUUUUGACCUUUGAACUCAAAGCCUGUGCCACAAUUCCAGCGUAAUGAUGUAAACACAGCCAUUCAAGAGUUAGUCAGCCUACAAGCCAAGCAAACCGAAUUAAGCUCAUUACUAAUUAAUCAGCAAAAGAUCAGCCACCUUCUGGUAAAAGAGCUGCCUGUUUUCUCUGGAGAUUAUUUUGGAUAUCCAACAUUCACAACUGUCUUUGACUCCAUUAUAUCCCGUAAUGUGCCUUUAGACAGAGAUCGACUCUAUUUCCUUGACAAAUACACGAAAGGCAAGGCGAAUGAAGUAGUGAAAGGUUUCUUGGCUAUGAGCUCAGACAGUGCGUACGAAAGGGCCCGGAAUUUGCUAGACGAGUGCUUUGGUAAUCCCAUCCAUGUCACCGAGGCUUACAAGUCAAGUCUUAGAAGCUGGCCAAAGAUUAACGACGGAGACAGCAGUGGUAUCCAAGAGUUUUCUGAUUUCCUCAUUCGUUGUGAAGAAGCCAUGAAAACUAUGCAGUCAAUGGGCGACCUCAACUCGACAGAAACUCUACGACUUGUAAGCAGCAAACUGCCUUCAUACUCUGGAGUGAAAUGGUGCUGGCACGCUCACGAAGCACAUACGAAGUCUAAGAAGAUUGUCACCUUUGAAGAUUUUGCGAGGUUCAUUAAAGACAAGGCAGAGCUAGUGAAUGAUCCCAUUUUCUCACCGAAUGCUUUAAAAGCGGAGAGAAGGAAGUCAGACACCCCGUUCAAAAUGGGACGGAGAACCAGACCAAGCAAGGGUGACAGUAGUUCAAGUGCAAGCGCUUUCGCGGUAUCAUCCACGCAACCACCUGACAAUUUCGUCCCUCCUUCAAAACCGCCAGCAGAGCAAACAGAUCAGACCUGCCCCCUUUGUAACAGUCAGCACACUCUCGUUAAGUGCAACAAGUUCUUGAAGAAGUCCGUAGACGAUCGCAGCGAGUUUCUUCAAAACAAGGGUCUUUGCUACGGAUGCUUCGGAAAGGGUCUCAUGUCAUCAGGAUGUAGAAACAGAGCAACCUGCAAAGAAUGCGGAAGACAUCACCACACACUCCUGCACAUAGUGAACCCAAAUAACCAACAGCCAGACUCAAAGUUGCCAGCCACUCCCCAAGCCUCUAAUAAGAAGGAAACACCCAGUGAGAAAUCUCCACCCUCAGACACUGCCAAUUCAAACUUGAUCAGUGUAGUGAACAAUUCGUCCUCAGAACCUGGUAACGUAAUUACCAACUGUCGAAUCGUCCAGGUCGUCUUGUUCCAUAAAGAAAGCCCACUGAAAACAGUCAAGGUUUACGCACUUCUGGAUGAUGCAAGUGACACGACCUUUGUCACCACCCAAAUGCAACACAAGCUCAACAUUGAGGGUGUUGAAACUUGCUUAGAUUUAUGUACCAUGCUUGGUCGCAAGAGACUUGCAGUUAAAAGAGUCGAUGGUUUGGUGGUACAGCGUCUCAACAAAUGCGCCCAGGUUGAGCUGCCAAAGGCUUAUGCUAGAGAAAGCAUCCUAUCCAGACGAGACCAAAUUCCCAGACCAGAAACUGCCAACAACUGGCCGCAUCUUAUGAAGAUCAAGGAUAAAAUCCCACUGUACGAUGACAAAGUGGAAAUAGGCCUGCUCAUUGGUUGUAAUUGUCCUAAAGCUAUCAAACCGACAGAGGUCGUAAAAGGCAAGAGCGAGGAGCCUUACGCAGUUCGUACCUUGUUAGGAUGGAGCAUAGUAGGACCAGUUACGCCUACAGGCACCCCCGUGGAUGACCACGCCAUAGACUCCACCUGCCACCGAACCUUAGCAAGAGAAAUUAUUCCUGGAAGUCUCGGCGGCGAACUAAGCGAUGAAAUAGUGAAGGGAAGAACAUCAUGUUGGCACUCUCCUCACUCCACAUGA